AUGGAGUCUCCAAAACCGCUUCCAAGUCCCCCAAAGAAUUUGGGAAGAGGCGGUUCUCCAGGGAGAAAACUUAAGCGACAUUCGGCCCAUGCGAGCGAAGAGGAGGGUGAGGAAUUCGAGUUUCACCAUGAGUUUUCGCGAAGUAGUGUCAAAAGCUUGAUCCACUUUGUUUCGCAAGAGCUAAAGCGUAAUGCCCUGGACAUCGAGUACCUAUUCUUACCAUUUCGGCCGGAACAGUCGAACGAAAAGCUCCUAAAAUUUUUGAAUCGCGCUUUUCCGCUUGGUAAUGGUAUUGCCGUGGAGGAAGCGAAACUAGAUCGACUCAUUCGUUCCACAGACCCCUGGACGUUAUUUCAAGCGUUGAAGUACAUCUGGUGUCGUUUGCCCCAAGGUCAAGUUGUCACCUGGAAGGCUUAUAGGGCGUUUCAAGUGAGAGAAGAGGCUGAUGGGUUUUCGCCGAAAUCAUUUUUAGAUUUGAUGCCACAAUGCCUGUCAUCGCCGGAUCAUGCCUCCAUUGUAUAUGAUUUCUUCGACUUGAUAGUAGCCAUGGCUGCAAACUCCAAGAGAAAUAAAAUGAGUGCGCGGAAAAUUUCCAAAAUGUUCGCUGUUUGGGCAUUUGGUAAAGAUACCGAUAAAAAAUCGACCGAGAACUACGAUUUCGACCACGCCAUAUCACUGAAAAUGGUAGGAUCCAACUCCUUCAAGGAAGGAUUGGAAGUCUGGCUACCUGCUGCGAACGCCAUGUUUCAUCUACUUCUGGCGUUCAUUCGCAGUUUCGUACCGCACGAUUUAAAAGACGCCAGCAUACCUAUGACGUUAAAGACCAUCCUGUUCAACAACAAUUAUCCGCCCAAAGAUUCUAUCACGAAUGGUUCGGAGACACCUUUGACAGUUCCAAUAGUGAGUCUUAAGACUAACAAAUUCUCUAGUAAACCUUGGCAAUUGAUUGAACGGUGCAAUGAACUUUUCGACUUUGGUGAUCACGAUGCAUUCGAGGCCAGAGAGGACUAUGCUCUUUUGAAGUCCCUAUUCAAGAAAAAGCAUAACAUCGAAGGUAUAAGCCAUAAGAUGUCCAAUGAAUCUCGCAGACUAAUGAAGGAAAUGUCCACGAAACACUCCACAUUUCAGGCGGGAUGGGCUUCGCAAAAAUGUAUUCACGCAGAUCGCGCUAACAAGCCAGUGAAGGACCAUCUGCAAGUGAAAAGGGUAGAUAUCAAUGAUUACUUCAUCUGGGCAUGGUUAUCCUCUCUUUCUCACGAAGAAACAUCGGAGAAGCGAAAACUGUUUGGGAGGUCCAUUAUUGUUGAGUUCGAGUUCGAUGGGUUCAAGAAGUGGAUCGUUUUUGAAGAAAGCGAUGUCAAUUUGGAACUUAAGAUGCUCAGGACUUUAGAUUCCUUAGAGGACUUGAACUUAUCCAAGUCUCCAGCGUUGGAAUCUCCACAUGUUGAACACUCACAAAAAGCGAUACCUGCGUAUGAAAAGUUUCAGAAAAAUGCGGCCGAAGAUAACUCGAACGCACCUUUGAAAGGUCGGGAACAAAAGGUUCUACCUUCACCGCCAUCUGAAGCUGUCUAUGGUCCAACGUCGACUUCAUCCCUGAAGGCCAGCAGUAGUCCCAUCAAACCAGUCACAGAAAAAACGUCCUCAUGGAAUCCUUUGAAGACGAUUCGUAAAAUCAGCACUUCGACGAGCUCAUCCUCUUCUAGCAAUUCCAAUGCGCCCGUGGAGGCACAAAGUCUCCGGGCACUACCUGAGAAGAAACAAGUGCCAUCCACUACACAUUCUAAUAUAGCCGACUCUCGUGAGAAUCCCAGCAAACGGCAACAAUCAAGGAUUUUGAGUCAAUUCAGCAUGCUAAACCCUGAAAACUAUCAACUCCCGACGGUGGAACACGAGGAUUUUAAAGUAGAUAUUCCGGAGCUAGACCAACACUUCGAGUCAGAGCAAAGUGAGCAACAGUCCGCCUCUCCACCCACACCAAAGAAGAAUGAGCGUCUGUCGCAGACAAAGGGUGGCCUCGAAGACUUGCACGAGAUGGUCGACAGAUUAAAUGACCAGGUGUCCAGGUCAAAUCGGACGCUGGCACAAUCUACCACAAGCUUGGCUACUAAUGCGGAAACAUUCGAAACUUUGACCAUGUUUGACAGAUAUAAGGAUAACCCAAAAGACUCGGUGGACACCUUAGCAGAGAGCACAAACUCAAGCGUCGUUCCACCUCUUGCAUUGGCUAGUGACGAUAUGGAACCGUUGCCCGAUAUUCGGGGCAGCGAUUAUACACAUCACAGCUCUCGACAUGAGUCCCCAAAACUAUCCAGUGAUAACUCACCGAUUGUCUUUCCAAUUGACAAAGGCCAAGGCGAGCCAACGACGGGCACACAGGCAGGAGGCCUCCCUGUGUACAAAAAACUCAUUCAUGAUCAGGAAACACACACCACGUCAACUGAACCCAGUCCAAUUGCAUCCCCCAGAAAAGCUCACGCUCAGAUGCCAACAGAAUACACCGGCAGUGCCGACCGUCUUACUGGAGCUAGUUCACCAUACAAUGAGCGCGGAUCAACAGACACAUUUCCAAGGGACACUGGAAUCUCAUAUUCACAGGAAGAGCCAACUUCGAUACCUGUUGCACAAACUUUUUCGCAUAAAGAUGAACAAACGGCACUUAAGCAGGCUUUCUACAGAUCUCCGCCCCCUACUUCGGCGCAAUCAGAAAGGCAAGCUUUUUCAAAUUACGAGACAAUGCCUCAAGUCAAGUAUCGAAAUGGGGGGACCCAUGGCUUGGAGGUUUCGCCAGCAGACCAAUUAAGGCCCAGAGCGCCUCAGUCUCCGGUACCGAUUGAUGAACGUUUCAAUGUACCUGAGCAACGGGAGCGCUCACGCGGAGUGAUGCGUCCCCUGACUGGUCCCGCACCUGCAUCGGCACAUACUUUUCAGCAGCGAAACGUGCAUUCAAACGAAGUAGAGCAUAGAUCAGGACAUCGCAUUUCUCAACCUCAGUUCCAAGCCCCAGAAUCGAGGCCUUUUGAGUCUGCUCAGCAUGCGCCCUAUCCAUCUGCGGCAAACACGACACCUCAACACGUAAUCCCGAAUGGACACCAAAAGACAAUGAAAUCGCCGUCUCCGGCCCCAGUGUAUGUGUCUGCUGCACCCCACGAACAUCGCCAGCAUCGUCCCCCAGGUAAUGCCUACCCAACGAGUCCAAUUCCGGCUCACAAUAGUCACCCCCCAAGCAACAUGUACCCUAGAAGUCCACCUCUGGCUCACAACCAUCAUCCACAGGGUUACGCGAACAUGCAUAAGGCGAUUCCAGCCUCUAUGCCGAUGUCACCUAAGCCAUACCAACAGAACUAUUUGCAAGCCCGUCACGGUCCCGCUCCUCCAGGGCCAGGACAUCCGCCUGUUGGCAGACAUUACCCGCCAUCCAAUGUAGGGUAUCCGCCUGCUGCUCAACAAUACGUGUCUGGUGGCUACGGAGCACCCAUGAAUUCGCCCAGCCCUUAUCAAGGAGCAUUUUAUGCUCCUGUUCAUGCACCUUACCCUGCUGGCCCAAACUCAGGGCCUCAGGGAGGUGCCAAACUGCAUGGCGGGUAUACCCGCAAGAGAGAAGAUCGCAAAAAAUUACACGAUACCAUUAAGAACGGGGCGUUCGGGAUCUGA